UUUCAGAAAUGGUUUGUGAGCACACAAAUUGGCGAGUUGUAUAUCUGAUGGGAGUCUUCUCGUUAAUUCAAAACACACAGUACUCAAUUUAUCUUACUUCAAUGUUUUCUUAUCUUAAAAAACUCGAUGCAACGGCUACUGAAUCACAAUUUGGAUGGAUUAUGGCAACUUCAAGUCUUGGACAUUGUAUUGGAUGUUUUGUACUUGGAUGGUGGAAUAGUAGAGGUCGUAAGAGUUCUCCACCAAUGCAUUGUGGCUUUCUUCUGAUGCUUGCAUCUAAUCUAGUUUAUCUUCUGGUUGAUUCAGUUCCUUCCGACUGGGUCGCACACGUAAUGAUGGUAUCCAGACUACUCGGUGGUUUUGGUAUGGGAAACUCGAGCCCGAUGAGAACCUGCGCCUCAUUCCAUUCCACUCACUCUGAUAGAUCGAAAGCAAUGGCCUCAAUUUCUGGGGGACGAUCUGUGGGUACUGUAGUGGGACCUGGAUUGCAAUUGAUGUUCUUACCGCUGGGCGAGACAGGAAUCAUGAUUCUUCCCGGAAUUCUGUCACUUCAUUCGAAUAACGCUCCAGCAUUUCUGGGGAUUGUUCUGACAAUGAUUGGAUUUGUGUCUCUUAUUGUAUUGUUUGAGGAAGAAAUUGCAGAGGAGUCUGAUAAAACUGCAAUUGCUGAUUUUGAAAAUCAAUACAACACUGUAAAGGAAGAGUAUCCAAAAUCUGAUAUAGUCGCCAUGCUCAUUUGCAUGCUCACUAGAUUUGUUCAGAACUUUAUGCAAAUUUCAAUUGAAACACUUGCUCCUGCAAUGCUAAUGAUGAUGUAUUUCCAGACAAGACAGGAAGCAGUAGCCAGCAUGGCCACCACGUACUUGACCACUGGAUUCAUUGCCACGAUUCUUUAUGUACUGAUCAUCUUCACAAAAUUGUCGACUAUUGUUCGCGACAAGAUCUUCAACUCACUGGUUCUUCUUCUCUUCGUGUGCCAUUUGCUUACCACAUACUCCUGGCAAUUCUAUUCUGAUUCUGUUUUGGACGAAGAAUUUUCAAAUGAAACUCUAACUGGAUGCGAUGAUAUUCAUUUCACCUGGUGUGAUAGUUUAACAAUUUCUCCACAAUGGGCAUUUUACAUUGGAUAUAUUCUGAGUUUCGGCCUCUUUAUGCCAUUCAUCAAUGUAGCCAACGCAACUCUUUAUUCAAAAUUGUUGAAUCCUGAUAGUCAAGGUACACAACAAAGUUUAUACGACAUUUCGAACACAACUGCCCGAAUCUUUGCACCAAUUUUCAUCACAUUGAUUUAUACAGUUUAUGGUCCUCGCCGAGUAUGGGAAUUCUUAUGUCUCUUGCUUUUGUUCACCACUUUCCUAUGGAUUAUUUUUGACAAGAGACUUGUUCCAAUUAAGCCAAUUCAGAAACAAAUGUUUGACAACGAUGGAUUUGAACAAGACAAAUUGUCAAAAAUUAAGUUAGUGUCUUGCUGACGGGGCAAUUCUCUUAUGAUCUCCGAUCUUUCUGUUUGUACACUGGUCAUUGUUCAAUUUUUUAUUUUUCGAAUUAUUCGCAAUAAAAUGUUUUACAAUAAA